AUGCAACAAAGAAUAUUGGUCGUUGGCGCCGGCUUCGGGGGACUCUGGAGUGCGCUUGCAGCAAAGCGGCUCAUCGACCUUCAUGAUGCUGGGAUUGAAGUAACAGUCGUUGCACCUGAGCCUAGGCUGGUCAUACGACCAAGGCUAUACGAAACAGAUCCGGCAAAUAUGACCGCCUCUCUGACCGAGGUUUUCAAUGUGACUGGUGUGCAAUUUAUCAAAGGAACCGUCAAUAAUAUCGACACCACAAAACAGGAGGUGGAGGUUUUGGAUGCAGCUGGCACAUCAUCCAAGCUUUCCUACAGCAGACUGAUUCUAGCUGCCGGCAGCCGGUUGGUACGUCCAAACAUUCCUGGACUCCUCGAGCAUUCAUUCAAUAUCGACCAACUCGAGGGAGCGGCAGCGUUCGAGAAGCAUUUACAGGGCCUAACUUCCCUCUCUCCUACUACAGCACGCGAUACAGCUGUUGUUGUGGGAGGUGGCUUCACAGGGAUCGAGAUUGCUGCUGAAUUGCCUUCGCGAUUACGUUCAAUUCUGGGUCAGGAUGUUAAUGUCCGCGUUGUCAUUGUCGAGCGGGCAGAUAAUAUUGGGCCAGAGUUGGGAGCAGGCCCACGCCCAGCUAUUACACAAGCAUUCAACGACCUAGGAGUCGAGAUGAAACUUGGAGCGGCAAUCGUGUCGAUUGACUCGACUGGUGUUCUUACAGCUAGUGGAGAGCGUAUCGAAGCUCGCACCGUCGUUUGGACCGGUGGAAUGCAUGCUACGGAACUUACUGAACAGAUCGCCGGCGAUAAGGACAAACUUGGGCGCCUACAUGUUGACCGCGAUCUGCGGGUGCCUUCCAACAAGGCGAUAUUUGCAACGGGUGACACAGCCUUCGCGAAGACCGAUGAGGAUGGCCACUACGCUUUAAUGUCGUGCCAGCACGCACAGCGUCUAGGUCGCUCAGCUGGACAUAAUGCGGCAGCCGAUCUGCUAAAAGUUGAGACUCUGCCUUACACCCAGCCUGACUAUGGAACCUGUCUUGAUCUGGGACCGUGGGGAGCCGUUGUCUGUGACGGAUGGGAUCGUAAAGUUCUCAUCUCUGGUCCACAGGCCAAGCCAAUCAAGCAGUGGGUCAACACGAGUCUGAUCUACCCUCCGAAGGCCGAGAAGGCUUCAGCCUUCGCGGCUGCUGAUCCUGCCAUUCCAUAUCACACAUUGGAUGAAAUGGCUGCAGCCUUCGCAGCUAGCAACCCUUCCGUUCCACUUCCAACCUUGGAAGAGGUUAAAAUGCCAGCUUAG